AUGGCAAGUGAAGUAAUACAUUUUCCAGAGCGUGUUGAGGCUGCUGGUUCACCCGUCAAGUUUCUUCCAGGAUUUAAAUGGCCACUUCCCUUUGAACUUGAAACAGGUGGUGUUUUCGGCUACAUAGGAGCGGGUGAUUCAGAUGGUGAGUCUAAUCCAAAAUCGGACCCUCUUAUUCUAUGGCUAACUGGAGGCCCUGGCUGCUCUGCCUUAUCUGGUCUUCUCUUUGAGAUAGGACCUAUAACGUUUGAGCCUGUGGAGUACGGUGACUUUAAGCCAGUGGAGUAUAAUGGGAGCUUCCCUUCACUGGUAUUGAAUCCUCAUACAUGGACAAAGGUAGCAAGCUUUAUAUUUUUAGAUCUUCCAGUUGGUACUGGAUUUUCCUAUGCAAGAAAUUCAGUGGCUUGGCAAUCAGAUGAUCUACAAGCCAGUCAUCAUGCAUAUCAAUUUCUGCACAAGUGGUUCAAUGAUCACCCACAAUUCUUAAGAAAUCCAUUUUAUGUGGCUGGGGACUCCUAUUCUGGAAUAGGCAUACCAAUCAUUUCUCAACUCAUAGCAAAUGGAAAUGAGAAGGGACUUGAGCCAUUUAUUGAUCUUAAGGGAUAUUUACUGGGAAAUCCAUCGGCAUUUCGUGAAUAUAAUUACAGGAUCCCAUAUGCUCAUGGAGUGGGACUUAUUUCUGAUGAACUUUUUGAGUCUUUGAAGAGAAAUUGUAAAGGGAAGUAUUUCGAUAUACAUCCUAGCAACACACAAUGUUGGAACGAUCGUCAGACUUAUGAUCAGAUGCUUGAUGGAAUUACUAUAGCACACAUUUUGGAGCCCAAAUGUGAGUUUGCUUCACCAAGGCCACAAAAGUGGUUGGGCCAAAGAAGGUCUCUUGAUGAAAUGCUAUUUCUUGGACGACUAAGAUGCCGAUUUGACUGGGAAAAGAUCUCUUACCAUUGGGCUGACGAUGACAAAGUUAGAGAGGCCCUCUAUGUUCGAAGAGGCAGUAUUGGGAAAUGGAAGCGAUGUGCUGGCGAUGCUUUGCCUUUCCAAAAGUUGGUACAAAACAGCAUUCCAUAUCAUGCAAAUCUCAGUGUCAAAGGCUAUAGGUCCUUAAUAUACAGUGGUGAUCAUGACAUGGGCAUCCCUUAUAUAUCAACCGAAGCUUGGAUAAGAUCUCUUAACUACUCUAUUGCUGAUGAUUGGCGACCCUGGAUUGUUGAUGGUCAAGUUGCAGGGUAUACAAGGACAUAUUCAAAUAAAAUGACAUUUGCCACAGUGAAGGAAAGCGGACAUACAGCUCCAGAGUACAAGCCUGUUGAAUGUCUAGCCAUGCUGAAGAGAUGGAUAUCUUAUCAGCCUCUGUACAUUGGAGUGGGUGAUUCAGAUGAUGUGCAACUAUUCUACUACUUCAUUAAAUCUGAGUCUAAUCCAAAAUCAGAACCCCUUGUCCUAUGGCUUACAGGAGGCCCUGGCUGCUCUGCAUUAUCUGGUCUUCUCUUUGAGAUAGGACCAAUAACGUUUGAGCCUGUGAAGUACGGUGACUUUAAGCCAGCGGAAUAUAAUGGUAGCUUCCCCUCACUAGUAUUGAAUCCUCAUACAUGGACAAAGGUAGCAAGCUUUAUAUUUUUAGACCUUCCAGUUGGUACUGGAUUUUCCUAUGCAAGAACUUCAGUGGCUCGUCACCCAGAUGAUCUUCAAGCUAGUGAUCAUGCAUAUCAAUUUCUUCGCAAGUGGUUCAACGAUCACCCAGAAUUCUUAAGAAAUCCAUUUUAUGUGGCUGGGGACUCCUAUUCUGGAAUAGGCGUACCAAUCAUUACUCAACUCAUAGCAAAUGGAAAUGAAAAGGGACUUGAGCCAUUUAUUAAUCUUAAGGGAUAUUCAUUGGGAAAUCCGGUGACUUUUCAUGGCGAAUACAAUUACAGGAUCCAAUAUGCUCAUGGAGUGGGACUUAUUUCUGAUGAACUUUUUGAGAGAAAUUGUAAAGGAGAGUAUUUCGAUAUACAUCCCAGCAACACCCAAUGUUUGAAUGAUCGUCAGACUUAUGAUGAGAUGCUUGAUGAAUUACUAUAGCACACAUUUUGGAGCCCAAAUGUGAGUUUGCUUCACCAAGGCCACAAAAGUGGUUGGGCCAAAGAAGGUCUCUUGAUGAGAUGCUAUAUGUUGGACGAUCACUAAGAUGUCGAUUUGACUGGGAAAAGCUCUCUUACCAGUGGGCUGAUGAUGACAAAGUUAGAGAGGCCCUCCAUGUUCGAAGAGUAGUAUUGGGAAAUGGAAGCGAUGCGUUGGAGCAGCUUUGCCUUUCAAAAAGAUAGUAAAAAACAGCAUUCCAUAUCAUGCAAAUCUCAGUGUCAAAGGUUAUAGGUCCUUAAUAUACAGGUUGAGUAAUUGCUAUAUCUUGUGAUAUUUGUUGCACAAAUAAUAGAUU